AUGGUCGUGGUCGCUCCAACCACACACUUCCACUGGCCGAUUGCCAUGCCGCGAGUCGUUGUUCCCGGUCAAAUGCCCGUCGAGAAGAUCAUGUACCCCCUGGAACCGACAUUCAGAGAAUACCCCGAGGAGAAGUUUGAGUUUGUGCUAGGCAGCGCCAGCGAUCUGGAUCCAGAGGGAAGCGUCGUCAUAGUUGCGCUGAAUGACGGGACAAGCAGGGCCGUCCCGUACGACACGCUCUUCAUUGCCACCGGGUCGUCGGCAAAGGACGACAUGCCCUGGAAGCUGGUCGGUACAGCCGACAACACCUUUGACCGCAUCCACGCGCUGCAAAAGCAGGUCCAAGGUGCCGAGACGAUUGUCGUUGCGGGAGGCGGCUUGACUGGAGCCGAGACAGCAGGCGAGAUUGGCUAUCAGUAUGGCAGAAAGGGCAACAAGGAGGUUUACUUUAUUUACAACGACGAUCUGCCGCUCUCGCCGGGCGUCAUGGCGAGUGUGAGGAAGCAGACCAAGGUUGAGCUGGAGAGGAUGAAGGUCAAGCUCGUGCCCAAGACGACCGUGACAAAGGCGACAACCAGGGGCAGGGACACCAUUCUUGAAAUGCGACACGCCGACGGCACCACCAGGACUCUCACCGCGCAGGCUUACCUGCCGACUACUGGCGUGACGCCCAAUACUUCGUUUGUGCCGAAGAGCAUGCUCGAUGAGAAUGGAUAUGUCAGGCAGACGUCCUUCCUUCGGGCGGACGGCUACAAGAACAUUUUUGUCGUUGGCGAUGCGGGAAGUCUCGAGGACAAUAGAUCUCUGGCGGCUGAUUCCCAGGCGGGGCAUCUCAUCAAGUUCCUUCCGGCAUACUUUGAGGGUGGGAGUUUGCCCGAGUACAAGGUCAACAGCAAGACCAUGUAUGGCAUUACGCUCGGCCAGAGCAAGGCAACCGGCCAGAUGGGCAACAUGAAGGUUUUCAGCUGGAUCGUCUGGUUGUUGAAGGGCCGAUUUCUGGGCACGGACAAGGUUCCUGGUAUUGCAGCCGGAAAGAUGACCAUGUCGGCAACGUUUGAGAAGUAG